AUGUGGAACCCAUCAACUGGAUUCUUCCGCAACAUACCUUGUCCAAAUUUUCAGAUUGGGAUGAUAAACUGGACAGAUGAAGAGGAUGAGAUCGGUGUAUAUUAUGGUUUUGGUCAAGUGUCGGCCUCUGACGACUACAAACUUGUGGUCAUACCAAAUUUGGGUGUUUUUAUGGAAGUACAAGUGUUCUCAGUCAAAGCUAACUGUUGGAAAGUUGUUAAAGCUCCUUACUUGACGCCAUACCACCCCUGGUCUGAAGAAUUGGGGACUUAUUCAAAUGGAGCGAUUCAUUGGGUCAGUAACCGUGAACCUGGGAUUUUCGAGCCACCUGUCUAUGCUUUUGAUCUGGCAAAUGAGGAGUUUCGGGAAAUGCCAUUGCCUGAUGCUAAAAAGUAUACUGUAUUUUGGGUGAUGAAAGAGUAUGGGCUGCCUGAAUCUUGGGUUAAACUCUUUGGGUUUAAUAUACACGAUUUACCAGAUGUGUUCAAUUCAUUCUUUAGCCGCCUUUUUUGGGAUCCUAUUUUCAUUGCAGAAGACGGUACAGUUGUGAUCAAACUGCGUACCCAGAGGGAGUUGAUCUGGAUUAAAUGCCGUAAAGAAGAGAAGCCAUUCUGCACCGACCGGUACCGUCUUGAGGAGGUGCCGGAACAUCAGUAUGCAUUUUAUGCCAUUUGGUAUGAUGAAACUCUAGUUUCGAUACCUGAAUGA